AACGUACAUAAGACGUUACAGAUUUGAAAACGAGGGUUUUAAUAAUUUGGGUAUAGGGUAAAUUUUAAUAACCCGUAUGAGCACAUGUGCCUUCCACUGUAAACAUGAACGAAGCAGACGAAGAAGGGAAAUUACUCAAAUUCCAUGAUAUGGGCCUCGAUGACAGACUUCAAAAGGCUAUAGCAAAACUUGGUUGGUCCAAGCCCACCCUUAUUCAGGAGCGUGCAAUACCGCUGUCUCUGGAAGGAAAGGACAUUCUAGCCAGAGCAAGAACUGGCUCAGGGAAAACAGCAGCUUUUGCUAUUCCUGUUAUACAGAAAAUUUUGGACUCAAAACAGCAUGCCAAGGAACAGUCAGUGAAAGCACUGGUCAUCACACCUUCUAAGGAAUUGUGUAGUCAGGCUUACAAGAAUGUUAUUGACCUGACAAGUAGCUGUUCAAGAGAAGUCAAAUGUGUGGAUAUAUCAGGUCAAGUGGCAUUAGAUGCUCAAAGACCAUUGCUUAUGGAAAAGCCAGACAUUGUUAUAGGAACACCAAGCAGAAUCCUGGCCCAUAUCCAGGCUAAAAACCUGUACCUUAAGGAAUCUCUAGACAUGGUGGUCAUAGAUGAGGCAGACCUGGUCUUCUCCUUUGGUUAUGAAGCAGAUAUUAAAACAUUGCUCAGUCACUUACCCAAAAUUUACCAGGCAUUUCUGAUGUCAGCUACGUUGAGUGAAGAUGUCAGGACACUGAAGAAAUUGGUGCUACAUAAUCCUGUGAUACUAAAACUGGAAGAGUCACAGCUCCCAGAAACAAACCAGCUUACCCAAUACCAUAUUAA